AUGGAUAGUAUCAACAUUAUGAGUUGGAAUGUUAGAGGGAUGAAUAAGGUGAAUAAACAGAAGUCUAUUUUGGAUGUUUGUAGGCUGAAUAAAGUUAGGAUUGGGGCUCUUCUUGAAACUAAAAUCAAGGGAGACAAGCUGAAAGACGUUAUGUUUACCAUGUUUAAUGGUUGGGAGUUCUACAGUAGUAAGGUUGUGGAAGGUAGAAUCUUGGUGAUUUGGAAUGCUAAUUUGGUGCAGCUAGAGGUGUUACAGGAGAGCGAUCAACUUCUCCACUGUCAAGUUAAAGUGUAUAAUCAGAUUUCUUACUGUAUUACUUUUGUUUAUGGUUCUAAUAAUUUGGAAAUGAGGCGCUGCUUAUGGAUGGAUUUGGAGCACUUGUCUUGGCCUAGUAAAGCUUGGAUGGUACUUGGGGAUUUCAAUGCAGUUUUUAACCCCCACGAUAGAAUGGAUGCUUGUCCUAUCACAGUGAAAGAGAUGGAGGAUGCUAGAAAUUGGUUAGAUCUGGGUUUAGUGGAAGAAAUGAAAACCAUGGGUCCGUUCUUCACUUGGUCUAAUAACCAAGAAGGUGAGGAUCGUAUUUUUUCUAAGUUGGAUAGGGUGUUUGUUAAUGAGUCUUGGCUGGAUACUCAUCCUAGUGCUUCGGCUAGAACUCAAUGGGAAAUUGGCUCUGAUCACUCAAUGAUCUUGAUUAAGCAGUUGUCAGCGAUAAGGGUGGGGGUGAAACCUUUUCGUUUUUAUAAUAUGUGGGCUGGUCAUCCUCAAUUUAGAGAGGUUGUUCUUACUAGCUGGAACCGGCCUUUGAAGUUUCCUGGCAGGGGUUUAGAUCAUAUUAGUUGGAAGUUAAAUCGUCUCAAGCAUAUUCUGAAGAGAUUUAACUGGAAGAUUAUGGGGGAUGUUUCGUGUAAUUAUGAGAGAAGCAAAUUGCUCUCCAUUGAAGACUGGGAGUCUUAUCUUGAGUUUAAGAGGCAAGAGAAGGUUUAUGCUAGCUUUAUGUAUCAAAAGAGUAAAAUAGAUUGGUUAAGGUUUGGGGAUUCCAACUCUUCUUUCUUUCAUGCCAGCAUAAAGAAAAGAAAGCUAGCUAAUAAAAUUGUUUCUUUUGUUUCUAAUGAUGGUAAAAUUGUUGAUGACUAUGAUAGAGUUACGGACCAUUUUCUGGUUCACUUCAAAAAAUUUCUGGGUUCGGCUAGUAAAGCUUCAGGGGAGAUUGAUGAUCAAGCUAUCUGGUUUGGAGCUAUCUUGAGCAGGGAGGACCAGCUGGGUUUACUUAAACCUUUUACUGUCAAAGAGGUAAAAAUAGCAAUGUUUAGCAUCAAUUCCCUUAAAAGUCUAGGUCCGGAUGGGUUUGGGGCUGGUUUUUUUAAGGCUUUAUGGAAGGAUAUUGGUUGGGAAAUUGCAGGGGCUAUUCUAGAUUUUUUCGAAUUAGAUAUUAUUCCUCACUCUUUGAACAGUACCUUAUUAUCUCUAAUUUCGAAAGUUGAGCACCCAGUAAAUGCUUCUGAGUUUAGGCCUAUUGCAUGUUGCAAUACUAUAUAUAAAUGUAUUUCAAAAAUGUUAUGCAAUAGACUUAAUAAAGUGCUUCCUGCUUUGAUAAACCGAAAUCAAGGGGCUUUUAUUAAGAAUCGCCUUCUUGCUCAUAAUGUUCUUAUCCUCCAAGAUUUGCUUAAAGGUUAUAAUAGGAGAAAUAUUUCUCCUCGUUGUCUAAUGAAGAUUGAUAUAAGCAAAGCUUAUGACUCAAUUGACUGGAAAUUUUUGGAAAAUCUCCUUAAUGCAUUGUGCUUUCCGAAGAGGUUUAUAAGAUGGAUUAUGGUUUGUCUCAGGGGUUCUUCUUAUGCCUUGGUUUUGAAUGGUAGUAUUCAGGGGCGUUUUUAA